ACGAGAGCGGACAGGUGUAGGAGAAGUCACCUGUGUGUGAGCUUGGGAGCCGCUGCGCCCUGUGCGUGACGAGUGACGGUCCGUGAAUACAACACGGGCAACAGGUUUGAUUGUUUGUCCCCACAAGCUUUUUGUUCGUGGGUUUAUGAAUACUUUCCAGCGUUUUCCCUCGUGCAGCUCGGUGCUUCUUUUGCCAAAAAAUGUCCAACCGGAUCCUGAAGACUCCCGUGGCUCGCAGCGUGCGGUUGUUUCUGUGGAAAUGACGCCAAAGCAGCUGAAAAAGUGCACAAAACAAAUAUUCAGCUCCUGUUAGCGUGCAAAGGAUUUGUCUUAUUUUGAAGAGGAGUACACCUGUUGCACCUGCCUGUUGCUGGACUUCUGGCAAAACUUAAAACUGUCUCUGCCAGCACUGCUUUAUGUCAGAGCUGUGUCGGAUCAUCCUCUAAAAAAACAAAAACAAAAAACAAAAAUUAUAUUUCACCACUGUAACAGCAGAAAAGAAAAUUUAGGAUUGAAGAUGAAAGCCCGGCAAAUGGCAAAGAGCGUGGCCCUGCUUUGGGUGUUUGCGGUGUGCGUGCAGGCUGUGUUUGUGGAGCCGUCCGAGCCCGACACCUCCCUCCGCUCCCUGGCAGAGAGCGAGACGAGACUCCCCUGCCAGUACCAGGUGGAGGGGGAGGAGAGUGUGGUGCAGGUGACCUGGUUUAAAGAGCUGGAGGACGGCACCAAGGAGCAGAUCAUCACCGCUCACUUCUCAGAGGGCCACACAGAGUUUGGGCGUUACUCAGGCCGGGUGAGGUUCGAGAGCAGCAAGCCCACGGAGAACUCGGCUCUGCUCAUCCCCAGCACACAGGAGUCUGAUGAAGGAAGGUACACCUGCCACAUCUCCGUCUUCCCCAGCGGAAACUUUGACCGACACAUCACGCUCGCCGUCUGGAUUUUACCCAUCUCCUCUGUGGACAUUGAGGACCUGGUGGAGGGCCAGUCUUACCGCAUAGCCGCCUCCUGCCGGGCCGUGGGCCACCCGCUUCCCACGCUCACCUGGGAAACCGACCUGCCUGGCCAGGCCCAGAGCCGCACCUCCGAAAGCAGGACGGUGUCAAGCCAAUACUACCUCCACCCUCUGCGCAGCAUGAACGGGAAGCAGCUGGACUGCCUGGUGUGGCACCCGGGCCUGGAACAGCCCCGCCGGCUGUCCCACCGCCUGGUGGUCCACUAUCCCCCAGAUGCCACCAUCGCGGCCGGUAAACAGGACUGGUUUGCGGGCCUGGAGAAUGCUGAGCUCACCUGCGAGAGCGGCGGACACCCCAAACCUCAGAACAUCACCUGGACGUGGAGGGGAGGAGCCCUGCCCGACCAGGUGUCUGCGGUUGGAGAAAAGCUCGUUUUUGGGCGGGCCCUGCGCAUGAAUGACAGUGGGGUCUAUGAAUGUGUGGUCAAGAACAGUGUGGGAGCAGCCAAAUCAGAAUAUGUCUUGACAGUAACAGGAAAAUCUCGGAGUAUCCAGGAGUCCACCGGCGACAACCUGCUGCUGAUCAUCAUCGGUUCGGCAGCCGGCGGUUUGGUCAUGAUCAUGGUCAUCAUCAUCCUGCUGGUCAACCGCUACCACCGGCACAGGAACAAAAAGCUGGAGAUGGAGCUCAGUGAGAGAACGGAGGAAAUUAACACCCUCUCCAGACAAGCGUCCUCCAGGAGAUUGAACUCUGUCAGCACAGACCCCAGAGUGCAGCCUGAAGAUUAUGCACUCCUCAGAGUAGACAGCCGAAUGAAAAACAGCCAAAUGUCCCUGGAGCGUCCCAUCUACAAAGGCAGCCAGUCCACCCUGUGUGGGAAGUGGGGGGGCCCUCCAGGAGGGGUGGAGGUGGAUGAACUGGGACGUCCUGUCGUCUGGCGCAACGGCAGAGAGAGCCUGAGUGGAGCAGAGAUGGACAGAGAGAGGGAGGAGCGCAGGCGGAGGGUGGAUUUGUACCUGAAGAGCAGCAACAUGUCGCUGGACUCAGGCCUGCCCUCUUCGCUGGUCCCUCUGAAGCCGCAGCAGGACGACGGCAUGGGGCCCAGAGAGCCGGACCUGGGCGACCUCAGGGAGGGAGGUACGGCGGUGGACGAGGAGUGGGGUCCCACCCAGCGUCUACCAGAGGGCGACGAGGACGACGGCGACGACAGCAGCAGCUACCAGAUCUCUGAGGCGCUCACCAACCACUUUUACUACAGUAAUGGCCUCCUGAGGCCCAAGCCACACUCCAACGCCAUUCUGCUGCACCCUGGAGGACAGUACAUCUGAACAACAGCCACUCGUCAACAUGGGAAGAGAGGAGGCCAGUUUGCAUUUACACUUCGGCAUUCCACACUUGAUUUUUUAUGGGACAUCCUACAUAUAGCCCACAAUGGGUUAUUUACACCAGGCACUGGCCAAAUGCUGCUAUUUUUUGCCUGUGACUAAUAAGUGUAUCAGUGCUAUGUGACGUUAUUUGGAGAAUCGGCUGAUGGUGGAUUAAGCGGCUGGUGAGUUUUGCCCUCCAGUGGCCACUGUGGCUGCAAACGUGGAUGCAAAGUCUUCCUGUCCUGAUAUCCUGCAAUUCCACACUGAAACGUACCACAAAAACAAGAAUGCUGUUACAGAUUGUUUACUGCGUUGUCAGCGACACUGACUUUCAAAUUCACUGCAUCCGGGGUGACUCGUGUGUAGCUGCGCGCUGUGCACCAAGUUAAAAACUAACAAAGGGAAAAAGUCCUGAAGAAUCCCGUGUCGCCGCUGGUGCUCCGUUUACCCCCUAGAAGAGACCCAGGGAGGAGCCGGUGGACAAAGACCCCAAGCUCUGAGCUCCAAGGCCUGGCUUCAGUCCCAGUGAAACCCGUAGUGGGUUUGUGUAAAUGCUCAACAAGCCUUGGCACUUACAGCUUGAAUGCCUCUGGAUGCGAUGUUAGUGUGUAUUUGUGCAUGUAUAUAUUUAGAUAUAAAGAUGCUUGUUACUUUAAGGGAUGUAACUCGCACUUGGAAGAAGUUAUUAAGCGGGUGGAUAAAAUAUAUUGAACUUGCGGUCACUGUCUGGCUUAUGUCUUGUCUGAAACAACUUUUCGGUGCUUGAUAGAGAAACACAGAGCUUGAAAGACAUGCUUGGCGUGAACUGUAAAGCCUCGUUCUGUAUUGUUAAUGCACUGCCACGUGUGACUAUGUCUUACAUGAUGACUCUGAAUAUAUGUGUAUAAAUGUUCUGUUUAAUUUUCAUUCAGUAUUUUUCUAUGACACUGAAAACGUGAGCUGUAACUAUUCACUUGUUUAUUCAUAAAAGUAUAUGCAGUAAUGAAAAA